AUGCGCGCAUUCCUCCCUGUCUCGUUCUUGCUCUUGGCCAACUUCGUGAACAUCCUCGCUGCCCCAGUGGUCGUAGAUGUUCGCGCGCCCGCCUCUCACCGGACCCCAGCUACUCGCCGCCUUGCGAAAGUGACGCGUUCUAUUGCUGGCGCUCGCGACUGCUCAACCGGUGUCUGUGCCCGCUUCAAGGCUGUCUCCAAACGCCAGACUGCUCGUUCACUUGCUGUCCCUCGUGUGCGUUAUGCGCGUCAAGAUGACGACGACUUCGACGAUGGAGAUAGCUUUGACGACUCCAGUUUCGACGAUACAGACGAUUCUGGAGACAGCUUUGAUGACACCGAUGACUCUGGAUUCGAUGAUUCAGACGACUCCGGAGACUCGUUUGACGACACAGCUGAUGCCACUGAUGAUUCGGAUGACACCAGCUUCGACUCUGGAGACUCGGACUCAUUUGAUGACGGAGCUGGUGGUGAUGAUUCCGGGGACUUUGACGAUGGAACUGGCCUUGACGAUGGAAGUGGAGAUGUCGAUGCUGGAGAUGCAGACGACUCUACCAGCGACUUCGAUUUUGGCAACGGAGACGAUGACGGCAGUGGAGAUUUUGACCUGGGAGAUGGUACAACAGACGACUCGACUGGGGAUUUGGAUGGAACGGACCUGAGUGAUGGCACUACAGACGACAAUGGUGAUUUUGGGGACAAUGCCGACGAGGAUGGGGACUCUCUGGACGGCAGCGACGAUCCUGACAGCGACACUGUUGACCCCGACAACACAGACCCUGAUAGUGUUGACCCUGACAGCACGGACCCCGACAGCACAGACCCCGACAGCACAGACCCUGAUAGCACAGACCCUGACUCCACAAGCUCCGCUGAAGACCCUACCAUCACUGGUCCUCCAGAUGGGCAAGACUCGAAUCCAGAUGAUGACGAUGAGGAUUCGUCUUCUAGCUCGGUUGACCCCGACUCAACGAGUACUGUUGAUGACGACUCGGCCGAUGCUACCUCGACUUCACCUGCUGCUGCUGCCCAAACUCCCGCGAAAGGUUCUUCGUCAAACAAGGGCUCUUCUGGUGCUGCCCCUUCCUCCAAUAAGGGAUCUGCCGCCCCUGCCUCCAACAAAGGUUCCGCCGCCGCUCCCCCACCAGCUAGCAAGGGAUCGUCUGCAGCUGCCCCACCCGCCCAAGCCCCUCCAUCUUCUAGCUCCUCUUCGUUAACUUGUGGAGGUGCCGUACCCAACGCUGCCACAAUCAACCUCAUCAAGAAUGCUGAAGGCUUUGUCCCUUCACCUGCCCCGGACCCGAUCGGCUUGCCUACUGUCGGUUUUGGCCACAAGUGCACGAGCAAAUCAUGCGCUAUCGCUGGCUUCUCCUUCCCUCUUUCCCAAGCCACCGCCUCGCAGCUGCUCACACAAGACCUCGGCCAAUUCGUCUCUUGCGUUAACAGCGCAGUCAGCAACAAAGUCACGCUUACCGACAACCAAGUCGGCGCACUUAGCUCGUUUGCGUUCAACCUCGGGUGUGGCACGCUCAAGUCGUCCACCCUGUUGAAGCGAUUAAACAAUGGCGAGGACCCUAACACCGUUGCAGCUGCUGAAAUUCCGCGCUUCAACAAAGCUGGUGGCAAGGUCCUUUCUGGGUUGGUUAAGCGUAGGGCCGCGGAAGUUGCUCUAUUCAAGACACCCUCAUCUGUCAAGGCUCACCCUUGCUAG